CUCCCCUGAUAAACGCCGUUUUUGGGAGAGGGAAAAUUGAUGAGCCCAAGUCGCCCUUUCAUCUUCUCUACAACACUACACUCUCUUUCUCAUACAUCCAUGGCUAUAUAACACCCCUUUUAUCACCUUUCCCCGUAAAUAGUGCGCCAUAACCCUAGGUCUCGUAUUCAGAGGGAAGAAGAUUGGGGUUUUCUCAGCCCUAAUCUUCCCGCUCGUUUCCGGGUUUCGUAAACGUACAAAAACAGUGACAAGAGGAGAUUUUCUAGAACUCUAUCUUUCAGGUUUUGUCUCCAUCACUAGGAUUUAAGGGGCGGUGAAGUUGCAGAGUUAGGGUUUUGGAAUCUCCCAUCACUCUUUCUGGCUUCUCUUUGUCUCAUCAACCCGCAUAUAGUGAGAGAAGAUUAGGGUUUUUGUUCAGCUAUGGCGGUUUCAGAGGCAGCAGCAACUGCUACAUCGAUAGAGACUUGCAAAGAUGGCCCAGUUCUUAGCAUGAUGAGCAAGAGGCUUCGUGCCCUAAAGAAGAAAUACAACCGAAUCCUCCAGAUCGAGGAGAGCAGAUCUCAGGGAAAAAGCAUCAUCAAAGAGCAAGAAGAAGUUCUUCGGUCAAAGCCUGGUGUUUUAGCUCUGAUUGAAGAAUACGAGAAACUUCGAGUUCCUCUCUCCAAUGCCCUAAAAGAGGAGCUUUCCUCUCUUCAACCGCCAACUCCCUCACCCCCUCCUCCUCUUCCUCAAGAUAAUGGAACCUCUGAUAAAAAGGAGAAGGGAUAUCAUAAGAAGGGUUUAAACCAUGACCUCGAUGAGGUUAUCGAGGAUUUGCUGAAGCUACUUUAUUUUGGGAGCUUGUUUGAUGUCAAGUCUCAGAAUGAGUUUACUUCUAUUAUGCUUACUAGGGUUCAUGAAAGGAGCUCUUGUUUGACUUAUGAUUAUGUCACUGAUGAUGCUACUGAUUUGUUAGUAGAGAGAGACUUGGAUUUUCUCUCUGUGUGUGGGAGUUUGAUGACUGCGCGGCCCCCGAAUUCGACCUUAUCUCACAAGGAGGCUCUGAGAAUUUGUGUGGACCGUGCAAAGCUAUGGUUGCAUAAAUCUGAUGAGCCUCUUUACUCUGAUGUUGGAGUAACUUAUGCUGGGUUGCGAGAAAGAUUGAAUAAGAUAUUGUCUUCAGAGUAUUUCACCACUACCCCUGAGAUGAAAGCUCUAAGUCAGCAAUCAGCAGUCGAGGCAGCUGCUGCUGCAGCUUCUGGGAAUUAUGUUCCACAAGUUAUAGUACAAGACUCUGGCAUGCAAGAUCAUGCUUUUGAGACAGAAAGUGCCCCAACCCAUCACCAACAGAAGGCUGAAGGACAGGAAAAUCACGCAAUUCACAGCAACACAACCGAUCCACCGCAAGAGCAUAGCCAGGACAACCAUGAGGAGGAGGCCUAUGAUCCAUCGGAAGAUGGGGCUUCAAACUCACUUCCUCCACCCCCUCAAGAACUCGAUACAGAGGAAGACCAACACAGGGAAGCUGAACCUGAACUAAAGGAGCAUCACCAAUAUGUUCAGAAAAGAGGGUACCCAAAUCCCAACCAGAGAGUAAUGGGACGUGGUGGUGGAAGAAGGGGGGGUUACCAUGGGAAUGUGCGAGGUGGUGGGAGAGUUGGAAGAGGCGCUAAUGGUUACCAAUAUCAAAACGGAAGGGGGAGCCAGUUUUAUGAUCAUGGAAACUCGUAUUACCCUCGCAAUUACUACAAUGGACGAGGUAGGGGUGGUCGAGGUGGUGGGGUGGUGUACAGCAAUCAUGGAGGUCCUCAAUUUUCCAGUGAAGAGCAGUAAUGGUUGAUAUUGAGAGAGAGAGAGAGAGAGAGAGAGAGUCCCUGUGUGUUAUGUCGGGGGAAGGGGAAAAUGUGUUGUUGCAUUGGUUCGAGAACAAAUAUAGUGGACCAAGGUAAGUAGUACAGAUCCAUUAACAUAAUCUCUGAUGCUGAUUCUAAUUUUUUGUGCAUCCCGUCUGCGGUUUUUUGGCUCGUGCUAUAAUUUUGAGGUCUAUCCAUUAUUCACUUAG